GGUAUAACGGGGUAUGGCCGAAUAAAUACGAUUGGACUCGAAGUUGCGACAUCUCUAUCCGGCAAGAGUGGGAGGCGGAUAAAGUGAAAGUAAAGAUUAGAAGAAAUCAGUUAGAAUGGCAGACAAGAGAGAACUGUUUCCUGAGAUAGAACCUUAUGACACAGGGAUGUUAAAGGUGUCAGACUUACAUACCAUUUAUUAUGAAGAGAGUGGUAACAAGAAAGGAAACCCAGUUGUUUUCAUCCAUGGUGGCCCUGGUGGUGGAACAAGUCCUAGAGACAGACGAUUCUUUGAUCCAGAAGCUUACAGAAUAAUCCUGUUCGAUCAAAGAGGAGCAGGACAGUCUCUUCCAGCAUAUGAACUUAGAGAAAAUACCACAUGGGAUUUAGUGGCUGACAUUGAAAAACUAAGGGAACAUCUCAAGAUAGAUAAAUGGGUUGUGUUUGGAGGAAGCUGGGGAUCCACAUUAGGACUGGCGUACUCUGAGACACACCCUGAUAAAGUCAAAGCCAUUAUAUUAAGAGGGAUUUUUACUUGUCGCAGGAGAGAACUUUUAUGGUUUUACCAAGAAGGCUGCAGUUUAAUUUAUCCAGACAAAUUUGAAGCCUACAGAGACCAUAUUCCUGAGGUUGAAAGAGGAGAUUUGAUAAGUGCCUACUAUAGACGUCUUACAGGUGAUGAUGAGAAAGCCAGACUAUCUGCUGCACAAGCAUGGAGUACUUGGGAAAUGUCCACAUCAAGAAUGUUUGUGGAUGAAGAAUUAGUGAAAAAAGCAGAAAAAGACACCUGGUGUCUACAGUUUGCCAGAAUUGAAUGCCAUUAUUUUGUAAAUGGUAUUUUUAUGAAGUCAGAGUCACAGUUAUUAGACGAUGCACAUAAAUUAAGCAACAUUCCUGUGACAAUAGUUCAAGGUCGUUAUGAUGUGGUUUGUCCUGCAGAAACAGCAUGGCUUCUACACAAGAAAUUACCCAAGGCUGACUUCCACAUAGUUCAGGAUGCUGGUCAUUCAACCAAGGAAGAGGGAAUUCAGUCACAGUUGAUUGCAGCUACACAAAAAUAUAAAAAUUUAUAACUAUUUGUGUAAAUGUGUUUUAAUUUUAAGGAUAUGGGACAUUUCUAUUGACUUCUUUAACCAUGGAUAUAAAAGCCAUUAAGCAGAAAAUAUU